AACAAAAAUACGACCUCCUCACUCUUGAACUGAAGAGUUUCUACAGUUUUCUGCUGGAAUUGCGUCUCUGCUCCGACAGCAUGAAGUCCACUUCCUCUCUGCUUCUGCUGCUGCUGCUGCUCUUGGGGCUGAGCACUGUGUCUCUUCAGGAAAAGAGGAAGCCCAACUUUGUCCUGAUGAUGGUGGACGACCUGGGAAUUGGAGACCUGGGUUGCUAUGGCAAUAAAACACUGAGGACCCCCAACAUCGACCAGCUAGCAGACGAAGGGGUGAAGCUCACCCACCACAUUGCUGCAGCGAGCCUCUGCACCCCCAGCAGGGCGGCAUUCCUCACUGGACGAUACCCGAUCCGAUCAGGUGUCGCAGGUCACAGCAGACCCGGUGUCUUCAUAUUUAACGCAGCCUCCGGAGGUCUUCCCAGCCGAGAGAUUACCUUGGCUAAGAUUGCCAAACAGGAAGGCUACGAGACAGCUCUUGUAGGAAAAUGGCACCUCGGACUAAACUGUGAGCGCAGCAACGAUCACUGCCACCACCCCAGCGUCCACGGCUUCAACCAUUUCUUUGGGAUCCCCCUGACCAACCUGCGGGACUGCCAGCCCGGACACGGCACCGUGUUCCAGAUCCACAAGUAUUUACCGUACAGCACCCUCGCUGUGGCCCUGGUGACUGCAGCUUUACUCCACUACAGUGGCGUCAUCACCAUCCGGAGGGGGCUGAUCCUGGGCCUGCUGUCUCUGCUGCUCCUGGUCUCAGGUCUGAUAGCAGGGUUCAUCAUGGUCAUCCCAUACUUCAACUGUGUCCUCAUGAGGGAACACAAAAUUGUGGAGCAGCCGUUCACAUCUGAAAAUCUGACGCAGAGGAUGACUGAUGAGGCAGUGAGCUUCAUAGAGAGGAACUCAGCGAGGCCGUUCCUGCUCUUCUUUGCUUUCCUCCAAGUGCACACAGCCAUGUUUGUGUCAGCAGCAUUCAGAGGAACAAGCCGUCACGGCAUCUACGGAGACACCGUCCACGAGGUGGACUGGAGUGUGGGUCAGAUCAUCCAGACUCUGGACAGACUGGGUCUGAGAGGAAACACUCUGGUUUACCUGUCUUCAGACCAGGGGGCUCACCUGGAGGAAAUCUCUGCCAGUGGUGAGGUCCACAGAGGGUGGAAUGGCAUAUAUAAAGCAGGGAAAUCCACAAAUUGGGAGGGAGGGAUCCGGGUCCCGGGAAUCCUCAGCUGGCCGGGAACAAUCCCUGUUGGUGGACAGGUGGAUGAGCCCACCAGCAACAUGGACCUUUUUCCUACAGUGGUGCACCUGAGUGGAGCGUCUGUCCCAGAGGACAGGGACAUCGACGGACACGACCUCAUGGAUCUGCUUCAGAGGAGAGUCGACAGGUCGAAGCACGAGUUUCUCUUCCAUUACUGCAACGCCUACCUGAACGCUGUCCGAUGGCACCCCCACAACAGUAGCUCGGUGUGGAAAGCCUUUUACUUCACACCCAACUUCCACCCAGAGAACGAGACGGCCUGUUUCCACACGCACAUCUGCUUCUGCACGCCGGAGUACGUGACCCACCACGAUCCUCCGCUGCUCUUUGAUCUCUCGAGGGAUCCGUCAGAGAGCACGCCGCUGACCCCCGACACCGAGCCGGCCUUCCACUCCAUCCUGGCUGUGAUGGAGGAGGCUGUGGAGAGGCACCGGAGGUCGGUGGAGCCUGUGGAGAGCCAGAUGUCUGCCGGGAAACUGCUCUGGAAGCCGUGGCUGCAGCCCUGCUGCUCCACGCUGGGACAGCUGUGUCAGUGUCCACAGGACCAGCAGGACCAGCAGGACCAGUAGUCUGGGACCAGUCACACACCAGAGACUUGGCAGGAAAUGUGACAGUGAGGAUGAAGCUGCUUGAAGUGGAAGUGCACAUCAACAGCUGGUGGUGGUACUGCAGCGUACAAGCUUUACAAACAGUGUUCAAACAGCACCUUUAAUAUUUUAUGAAAUAAAUAUAUUUGUCAGGCCUCACAGCAUUCUGACUCAGUUUAAACAGAAGUUUAAUUUACAGUAGUUUUACAGUAUAUCACUUAGUUAUGUAGAUGAUCUGUGGAAGUAACAAAAGAGCAUGAACAGUCAGAUAAACACAGGCUUGUAAACACAAAGACUGGUGAUGUUAGUGGUGAGGCCUGCAGUCACGUCUGAGCCAUCACAGUUUCAUUUUUUACUUGUGUGUGAUUAAUAAAGACGCUGGUUCAAGUUGGAGCAGUCACUCAUCCUCAUAGUCACUAAUCAGUCGCUAUGUUCCAGUUUAUGCUUUUAUUCUGAAAAGGAAAAUGUUCCUAUUGGCUAGACAGACAAAUACUCCACAUGUCUUAAAACUCCAUAUUCUCUUCUUCCAUGUUUUAUUUGAAGUUGAUCCAUAACAAAAUAUAUUUGUGGUUUUAAGAACCAAAAAGCAUCUCAAUGUAGUCUUACAUCCGCUAUCUCAAGCAGAAAACAGGCAGCCAAUAAGAAGAGCGCAAGCUCUUAGCCUCGCUUCUGAUUGGCUGACUGUUUAUGAGUGAUGUAAUAAAAAAAUAUAGCAUAUUUCAGGUAAAAAAAACUCAG